AGGCGGCGUCCGACUGCGAAGAAAGUGGCGGGUAUCUGGUGAGCAGGGGCAGUGGACGUGCGGUGACAGCCAUCCCACGGCAACUCUCAAGCUAUGGCGUUCGCGGGGCUCAAGAAGCAGAUCAACAAAGCCAAUCAGUAUGUCAGCGAAAAGAUUGGCGGAGCGGAGGGUACCAAAUUCACGGACGAGUACAUGGAAAUGGAGAGGAAAAUAGACUUGACCAGCGAGUUAGUGGAAGAGCUGAUUGUAAAGACGAAAGAAUACCUCCAGCCAAAUCCAGCAUCCCGAGCAAAGCUGAUGGUAAGCACGAAACUCCGAGGACCAGGAAAAACUCAUGCAUAUCCUCAGCCGGAAGGUACGCUCGGAGAAUCCAUGGUCAAGUACGGCACUGACUUGGGCGAGGAAAGCCCCUUUGGUCAGAGCCUAAUCGAAGCUGGAGAGUCCCUGAAGCAGCUGGCUGACAUCAAGUAUGCCCUGGAAGAUAAUGUGAAACAGAACUUUCUUGAGCCCCUUACCCAACUUCAAAACAAGGACCUUAAGGAUGUUUUGCACCAUCGCAAGAAAUUGCAGGGUCGACGCCUGGACUAUGACUGCAAAAAGAGGAAACAGAUGAAGGGUGGCCACUUGACAGAAGAAGAGAUUAGGCUCGCCGAGGACAAAUUCGAAGAGUCUUUCAACUUGGCUUCUAUGGGGAUGUUUAAUCUUUUACAAAAUGAUGUGGAGCAAAUAUCCCAGCUUCAUGCCCUUGCUGAAGCCUUCUGUGAAUAUCAUCAGCAGUGUGCGGAAGUGCUCCAGGGACUCACGGAAAGGUUGCUUGAACAAAAAGCGGAAGCAGCAGAGCGUGAGCGUGAACCAUAUGAGCCCAAGAAGCUGUCCGAUCUCAACCUCACGACGAUCCACGACGACGUCUCGCCCAUGGUCGAGUCAGGUGGGGGCUACUUCAAUGGCGAGCCCCAGCAUAACUCCCUCUUCUUCACCUCGGCCCCAACUGCGUCUCCUGCCCGCUCUCCCCUGAGCUCGCCUGUGAACCCACGGCCUGCCAAUAACCUCUUCCUGGGCAGCUUCCCCAAUCCGCAUGGCACGGGGGCCUCGCCUGGCUCCAGGUCUCCCAAUGCUUCUCCACUUCCAUCGCCGGUGCGGUCGCCAGCCCGGGCCCCGCGUGCUGCAUCCUGCCGAGCGCUGUACGAUUUCGAGCCGGAGAACGAGGGCGAGCUGGGCUUCCACGAGGGGGACCUCAUCUCACUCGUGCGCCGCGUCGAUGACAACUGGUACGAGGGUAGCCUCGACGGGCGCACGGGCAUGUUCCCCGUCAACUACGUCGAGGUGGUGGUGCCGCUGCCGUGAAGCCACGAGCGGCUGCGCCACAGCCACUGCUGUUCUGCUGCUGGCUGAUGAUGCCACUUGUUACCACCUGCACAUAUGCCUGCUGUGGGGAACAAGAGGCUCUAUCAACCCUUCAUCUGUGUUAGCUCUGAAUUCAGCGAGUCCCAUCUGUUGAUUUUGGUCUUACGUGUGAACGGUUCACAUCCGGACUUAGUCAUUUUGGGUUGUUUUACAUAUGCAUUUUUGUCCUUGCAGCCAUGCUUUUGAUCAUUACGUCAAACUGCCCAGUGUUGAGUGUGAAAAUGUAAAUAUAUAUUAUUUAGUGCCACGGACAUUUUUUAGGUCAUUGUUUAUUUAUGUUUAGACUCUGCACCCCAUUUUUCCCACCCCCACUCUUAUUACUUGACGAGCGUUUGUUUCGGCGGGUUGAGAAAUGAUGACGGUGGUAUCUUUCUUGCAGACUUAAAAAAAAAAUAUGCCAGAAGUGCUUUUCUUAGGCACAAAUCCAAAGGUUGUGUUGGUUGCAGAUAACACUUCUUUUUCUUUUUGUUACAUUAAAGAUUGAAGCCUUUUCCGUUAAGAAGCAUCAUUCAACAAUGAGCUUUUUGUUGUUUAGUAUGAAGUUACGACACAGCCUGAUGCUACCCACCGGUUGGAACCAACAAGGCUUGUCUCUUUGGCCUUUUUUGUUCACUUUGUAAAUCAUUGCGGCUUUCUUUUUAAUCUUCCACCUCGGACUCUACGUCUUUCAUGGCAUCAAUCACAUACUACAUCUCCCAAUGCCUGUAGAGAGCCCCGUUGACUAGGACUAGAUGUCCUGUUCUAUCGAAACUUCUAGAUCUAUUCUAUGUGGGUGUCGUUAUAAAAGCUCACCGAAGAUUCUACUUACUCGUACGCUUGUAGGCAAUCUGCAGCUGCUCGCUCUGCUUCGUCGUCUUUUACUGUCUGCCACUGCAUGUGUGUAACUCAGGGGUUCCCAAACGUUUCAGCUCGAGAAGAACUCACUCAGUGUUAAAUAUGUGCCAGAGAACCUCUUCACCCUCUCAGAUAUAUAUAAAAAAAGCGCAAAGACAAAGGGCUCCUCAAUUCACUCCGGCACGUGGCCACACAUGGUGCAUAUCUGCAGAGUGUUUCAACGGAGGAAUCAAUAGUAGCAUAGCAACGGCGAAGAAAAGGUCACAUAGGUAAAUGGUUACAGUAUCCGUACAGGUGUUCACAGGACUGUCGGAAUCUGUGAAAUUUCCUGCGAAAGUACCAUCUACAAUUAGUCAAUCAAGCAGCUAGACAGUGUUGAGUGGUUAUCAUGCAAAUGAGUUGGUACUUACUAGCUUUGCCGAGUUUUGAAAAGGUGGAAAGGAGAUAAAGCAGAAGCACUGCUCUGUAUAUUUGCGGAAAGUUUCAAAGUUCUCCAUGAAAACAGAGGUUUCAACCAAAAACAGUUUGCGAACUUCUGAGUUAAAUGCUUUGUGCUCCUCUAGCGGCUGGCCUCACGAUGCAGGUUUCACCUAUACCCCAUCCCUUAGAUUUCGUCAUUUCUGAGAGCAUGGUUGUGAAAUGCUUCCCUCUAAUGUCCAGCUGGUGCUAUUUGUGCCUGUAUUGCAGUGAAAGGGAAGGAUCAUAUUUUGUGUGCUGUAGGCGGCAGCCACUCCCACCAUUUUAUGUUUGUUUGGACUGUUCGAACCAGUGUUUGGCAGAGAGCUGGUUGAGUGCUCGUGAACACCUUGCAGCAACGGCUAUGAGACAGGAGCAAUAAUUAAGGAAAGCGUCGUUUUAAGGGCAGUGCCCUAAAUUAUUCAGGCUUUCUUUUUUUUUUUCUCCCAAGGCCAUGUAAUAUGUGGUCACCCCCUGGUACUUAUUGCCUUCGAGCACAUUUGCUUUGGUUGAUUCAACACAAAUUCAAAGAAGAGCCAAGACUGACAUGAGGAUAGUUGGUCCCAUUUUUUUUUUCCACUCUUUCAAGGUGUCUGUGCUCCUUGUGUUGCAGUUCAAAUGUACCGACUGCCUAAUCAUUUCACAGCACAAAGCAACGAUGAAGCCUUCAACUUUCACUUUAAUGAGCACAAGCUGAAGUGUGUUACAGACAGCUCAGCAGUGUGUGUCAUGUAUGUGUGCUGAAACAAAAAAGAAGGAAUAGCUACAAAUACAUCGAAACAUGUAAAUGUAAAGAAAAAAAAAGCACCACAUCAUUCACCAUAUAGGUAACAUAAUUAAUUUCCAAUGCUUAGCUUAGAGAAUGGCAAUGCAUUACUGCAUAUGGUCUUGCAAUGCAUAUGCUUUGCAUACCUAUUUUAAGUGUGCAUUUUUAAAGCUGAUUUUUUUGUGAGAAAGACUGUUGACCACAUUAUUUCAGCUUUAACAUACCAGCUGUCUAGACUUCAGUGAAGUAAAAUAUGAAACACAGGGGCAUAUUUAGAUUUGGCCAGUUAUGCACGAACUCUGGUCAAGAGAUGCUAGCAUAGACAGUGGAUUAGACUGUUACGACAGAAAGCCGCAGCAGUUAUGUAUACAUAUCGGUGUUUACUAGUCGGCCGAGUACUGGAAAGCAAGUGUAAACAGCAUUGCUGGUAACGUUCAUCUGGUGACUGUAUGUUGGAACCGGCUUGCACUGCAUUGUUUCUUCAUGUGACACUUCUUGGCAGGAAUGUAAAGGUCUGUGUCAUGUCUGUGACGCUAUAAAAGCUCUGAUGUAGUAGGCAACAGUGCACAGCUGUAGGACAUAGCAGGAGGGCCACAUGGUUUGCUUGAAUGAGACAUCUCGCUAUGCAGGCAUAAGCACAAUGUCCACUUCUGUUUCUGUAUCUCGCGAGAAGAGUAACCCUGAAAUCUACACGUACUCGCAUAAGCUUGCAACUGAUUCGAUGCACAGUAAAUGCUGGUCUAGCUUAACGAGUAGCAUGAAUGUGGCUCGCCUCUUUGAAGGUUAUAGAGUGUAAAAUUCAUGAAGUGCAUGCACGCCAUGUCCCAUUUAGUCGUGCGGCUUUUAUCUGGAGAAAUGCAUGCUUGCAAACUCGAGUGCGCACAUCUGGAAUUGUGCAUAGCAGUGCUUGUGUUCACAUCUGCACGUUUAGUUCGGCUGCGGUCGGUGUAUUGCUGGAGAGGAACCGAUGCAUCAAGUCCGGUGUGUGACAAAUGAUCCCAUUCUGAGGGAAUGCACUACUCAUCCGCAUCUUUUUCUCGGUGCCUCAUUUUUCAUUUUCAUUUUCGAAUGUUACAGACAUGAUAUAGCUAACAAUAUAGCUAACUGAGGACAGUGCGCUAGAUGCUGGUACAUGUGAAGCAUAUUUUAGCAGUCACCCUGUGCACCCCUUCCAGCAAUAUGCCCUAGUCAGCAAUACUGGGGCUCCAUGCCCUCUACUCGAGCUUGCUUCACAAUCCGGGGCUUCAAAAGCACGAGCGGCCCAUUGCACGCACGAUGGCUUCUUGCCCUUAAAGGUGCACCUAAUCCUUUGUGUCAUCCAAGGUUUUAAAAAUCCAAAUACUAAAGGCAAUAUGCAUAUUUACUUCUGUUGUCUUGGACACAUACUUCACACCGUCCCUGUCUCAUGGCAAUACGGCUUACCCCCUAUCCGUUCUUCGAAAAGAAACCUUGCAGUCAUGCUAAAAAAAAAUAAUAAAAGCAUGUUGAUCACUUGCUCCCAGGGGCCUCCCAAGCAGCUUCCUGUAGUCUUAGUGCCCUCCUUUUUUUCUUCCCAAGUACCAUUACUCUACUGUGUGCUGAGCGGUAACCCGGCCAGCCACCAACGUAACUCGUAACCGUAACCACUGUGAUCUCGAUGUUGUCCUGCGUAGACCUGUAUCUUUAUCUCUCUCUGUCCGUUCCAUGCUUGCUUCAAUGUAGGAACUGUUAUCAAACAGUGUGGUCCUUUUCUUUUGCUGUUGUAAAAUCUUGUUAAAUGUCAUGCAAAGGAGAGACAUUUAUCCCAAAUAAAAGCUGUUUUUGUUGUUCCAACAAA